AUGGCAUUACCUUUUGCACUUAUUCGCCGAGAAGAAUUCUCAGAUGCCGCCAUUUUCGAAGCCCAUUUUGUUUUUGGUCGUGAACCUGAAAACCCUCGAAAAGGCAUCGAAUGUAAUCAAAGCCCACGGAAAGAUUCUGAAUCACUAGAGCGGAGGUGGCCAGGCUGCGGUGCAGAUUCGGGCAUCACGCAUGUGAAGGAAAGUCUGCUCUGGGAUUCGGAGGCUCUCGUGAUGUCGGACUUUGGUCGGGCUUCGGGGGGACGUUCAUUCCAUAGAAUUUUAUGCGACAUUUUUUCGCCUCCCUGCCCCGUGGACCUGGAUUUACUUCCACCAUCCCUUCGUGUCACGUCUAUAUUGAGGACCCGAGAAUUUACCGGCGGCCGUAUGCUCACAAAAGAGACAAAGGGUGCCUGGUUCCUCUGCCCACUCCGACCUUCGCCAGGUGUUCCCCUCCCCAGAUGGUGCUCACCGGCACCUCGACAAUCACAACCAGCAAAUAUCCCGGAGCCGUCUUCUUCUUUCAUGGCGCAGGAUAUCCCAAAUCUUUCUCAAAUUUUCUCCCAAACCUUCGUUGAUAAUUGCCUGUUGUUGGCUGGGAUAACAACGUUGAUAUCCUAUGCAUGGUCAUGCCCGUGGUCGCUGGGCCUUGUUCUCUUCUACUUAAAUCGGUAUCUCGCAUUCGUUGACCAGUUCAUUCUACUCUACACUCCCCCCAAUUACACAGCUCCAUUCCUCACAGGCGCCGCACUGGCAGCCACAAUCGCGGUUGGGCUGUUAUCUUCCCAAAGUACUUCCCUCCUCAAUGCUAUUUACGCCUCGUACCUCAUCUUUCCUCGUUUAGUAAUUAUAAGUCUGAGGACCUGCGGAAUGUGGGGGAGGCGACGAUUAAAACUGUCACCAUCGAAACAACGCCGAUAG